UUUAGUUCUCUUUUAUCUCUAAAGAAUGAAGAAGUAUUUAUCUGACAAAUUCCAUUUCCAUAAGCUUAAAAAGAGCAUAAGAAAGAGAGAGGAAACUCUGCUUCUCUCUUCUUAAGUCUUCUUUCUCUCUGCGUUUAGUAUAUUUGGUGACGACUCUCACGCGUAAUUCUGCAGAUCAAUACACAUCAUUCAUUCAAAAACUUCAAAAUCUAUUUAUACCCUUUCUCCUCUUUUUUCUCGAUUUUUUGAAAGAUUUCAAAUCAGAAUUUGGUUACUGAAGUCACUAAUUUGGUGGAAAAUUGGAGGUAUACAAAUCUGGUUUUCAUAUAUUCAGAAAAUUUUAAUAGCCAUCUUUGUGGCUUAUAAAGUUCUUGCUGUUGUUUUGGUUUGAUUAAUAUCUAUUCCUUUUUGUCCUCUUUUUAGUUUCCUUUCGCCACUUCUCAGAACAACAAAUUUGAUUUCAUUUCUACUAUUUUUAAGCUGAAAAUUAUGCAAGACCCAUCAAUUUAUUCACAAAUUAAGCCUCAAUUUCCAGAGCAGGAACACCUGAAAUGCCCUAGAUGUGAUUCACCAAACACAAAAUUCUGCUACUACAACAAUUAUAACCUUUCUCAGCCACGCCACUAUUGCAAAAGCUGUAGAAGGUAUUGGACUAAAGGCGGUACUCUUCGUAACAUACCUGUUGGUGGAGGUUCUCGUAAAAGCACAAAACGAUCUUCAUCAUCAUCGAGUAAGAAAAGUUCAUCAACUACAACUUCAUCCCCUGCAACUCCUCCAUUAACAUCAUCUUCUUCAUCCACAAAUCCAAAACCAGAGCCAUUCGGUAUACCUGCAAUUCCAUCUUUUGAUGUGAUGACUACUAGUACUGGUCCGUUCAGCUCACUGUUAGCGUCAAGCGAGCCGCAAUUUGGGAAUUUUCUCGAAGCUUUGAAUCCGAAUAAUAAUAAUAAUGGGUCCACUUUACAGUUGGGUAACCCAAUUUCGAGUUCGGGUUCGGGCUCUAACCAUCAAAAUGGGAAUACUUCAUAUUUGGGUGUUCAAAAUGGUGGAGAAUCUAAUAAUUGUUGGAAUGGUGGUAACAAUGGUUGGCCUGAUCUUGCAAUUUUCACUCCAGGUUCAAAUUUCCAAUAAAGUAGUAUUUAAUAGAAGGUAUUUAACUACUUUACUAAGUAUUUAACUUUUUAAACUUUUUUUUUUUUUAACAUUCUUUUGAGAGUGUUGUUGUUGAUUGCACUCUUGUAGCAAUACAACAAAAAUAACAUAUCUAGUAUAAUUCUACGAGUGAGGUUUGAAUAGUAGGUAAUUAAGGUAUUAGUACAUAAUUUACUUCUGAAAAAAAUGUGGUGUAUGAGCAAUGUUUUCAAAUGCACAUGGUUGCAAUACUCAUUUUCUAUUAGGUAAUGCAAUAUUAAACAUGUUUAAUACUUUAUGUGUGUUUUAUCAAA